AUGCUUCACAAAAAAAAUUUAUCUUUCUGGCUAUUUUCCUUUCAACUAGCCUUGGCUCAUAGCUUAUAUUCAAUUCCAGAAGUCAAUGAAUCAAACAUCAACAUACUCGAAAGUCAAGCUCUUUCUGAAGUUCAAUGUUUAGAUGCCUGUUCCACAGCAGUCGCUGGGAUCCUCAACUCCCAAGGUGAUUCAUCCGUUGUCUGUGCAGAAAACUCUUCUUUACAAUCAAGCAUCACAAAGUGUCAAGCAUGUAUAGAUACUAUCCGCAGUCAACUUUCUGAGCAAGACCUGUUACUGAUUGACAAUAUAUUUUGCGAAAACAUAGAAAGCAAAAGCUUAGACACAAGUAGUUUCUUAAGUUCAAAUGAUUAUGAGUCAGAGUUUGACAGUAGUAGUAGCACUUGGCUUUCUUCCUCAAACUCUCUAGAAAUACUUAGCGAUUCAGAAACACUUGAGACUUCAGAAACACUUGCCUCAAAGUCCAAUUCAAUUUCAGAGGUUUAUUAUUCUACAGACGCAUAUUCCACUGAAUCUUUUGUCUCUGAGUCUUUUUCGUUUUCAAAUUCUUCAGCAGAGCCAAUAUCACAUUCAAGUUUCUCAUUUGAUUUUUCAACUCUUGAGUCCUCUGAAAACUUUGAGUCUUCCUUUAUUUCUUAUUCUUCUUUUUCCAAAUCAAUUUUGGAAUCUGCUUUCUCUUCCGAGUCUUUAGAAAUUUCAGAAUCUUCUCUACUUUCUUCAGAAUCCUCAACCUUCACUUAUGAACUAACCUCAGAGUCUUUCUACUCUUAUGAGUCUUCAGAAAUUUUAGAAUCAUCUUUAACCUUUUCCAAAUCUUCUGCUAUCAUUUCUGAACCCUCUGAGUCUUUACAACCUUCAAAUCCAUCUUCCACCUUUCCUGAAUCUCUUAACACUUCCGAGUUUUUAGAUUUAUCUUUGUCUUCUGAGCCAACUGUCAUUUCUUCAGAAUCUCAAUCUUCUAUCGAGUCUCUAGAGUCUUCCGAAUAUUAUUCCUCUUCAUCAAAUUCUUUUUCUAUUAUUUCUCAAACUCUCGAAUCUUCUAUCAUCAAUUCCGACUCCGACUCUGACUCCGACUCCGACCCUGGCUUUACCGAAUCUUUAGAAUCUGUCACAGAUAACAGCGAUUACUCAACUACAACUUCCUCCAACUACCACGUCAACAAAACAGUCACAGUUAUUUCAACUUCUCAAGUAGGUAUCAUUGAAACAGUAGUCGUCACCAUUCCCUGUACAAAAACUGCUUGCACAAGUCACGAAACAGUCGUCACUACCGUUACCACCAAUCCUCCUUCAUCUAGUGUCAUAGCUCCUACUUCGACUUUUCAAUCUUCUUCGCUUUCGUCUUCCUCUUUUUCUUCUACAUCUGUUGCAAUCUCUUCUUCCCCUCUUUCCUCUUCUUACUCUGUCAACACUGUUUAUGUUACAGUUCCUUGCACAAAAACUGUCUGCUAUCCUAAUGAAGUUGUAACCAUUUCAACACAGUACAUCACUAUCCCGUGCACUACAACUCAAACAAUAUCAUCGAUUCUUUCGACUACUAGCUCAGGUUCCUUAAAAAGCACAGCCACGGCUUCAAGCACCUUAGAGACUUUGUCAACAGAACCACAAACUUCUUUUUCAACUCCUAUUUUUACCUUUAGCCCCACUUCAACUUUUAUUGUCUCAACCUCCAGCAAAACUGGGUCAACAACAUCUGCUUUAAAUACACUUACUACAACAAAAACAACACUGGUUUCCAGUUUUUCAAAAGUUCCCAAUUCCAGCAAUUUUGGUUCAUCCUCCACUCUUUUGAGCAUUUCCAAUGCUGAUUCGGAGGUCUCUUCUUCUAUGGUUUCUACCUUGUCAGCUACUCCUACUUCAACUAAGAUUAACUCGUCUUCAUUUAUUUUAACUACCUCUACCUCCUCCACUAUUUUUUAUUCUACCACAAGCAAUCCCAUUUCCAGCUCUACAGAGUUAGCUGGUUUUCCAACAACCUCCGCUUCUUCUACUUUUGAGAGCUCUUCUUCUUCUGUGACACCAUCAAUCGAAAUCAUAGAAUCCACCAAAGAAUCAUUUUUAAUUACUUCUGAAACCCCCUCCACCUCCACUACUCUGACGGGUUCAUCGUCUUUGUCUUCCAGUUCAAUUUCUGUUGUAAGCGCCAGUUUUGAAUCUGCAACUAUACCCUUGUUUUCUGAGGCUCCUGUUGUCGAUGUUACACCAAGUGUUUCUACUUUGGUCUCCACAUUUGCCCUUGAAACAAUAGUAAGCAGUAGUGAUACCUCCAGUUUUACUACUCCCAUAACUUCAACCUCCUCCAUCCCAACAUUGCAGCCCGUCUCCACUCACGUUGUUUCAUCUUGGUUCUCUACAACGUCAACGCUUGAAACCGGGACCUUUUCCGGUACCAUCAUAACCCAAACAUUGGUCCAAAGUUUAGCCACGAGUUCUUUUCCAGAAAUUACACAACCCGUUGCUGAAUCUACGUCGUCGCCAAUUGAAACAUCUACUGUAGUCGAGCAAAAUGUUUCAAGUAAGGUCACUACUCUAGCCACAGAGUCACAUACAGUGCCGCUUUCCAGCUCGGGACUUGAAAGCACGUCGGUCGUGGCCCCAGGCACAACAAGUGCAACUAAGGAGACCACACCGGCUAUUACAAUCAAUAGUAGUACUACUACAACAAUGGCCCACGGUUCCACCCAGACCGUGGUAUCACAAGUGGGGCCCUCAUCGACAGUGAUAGCACCUACGCACCCUGUUGAACAGGUCAAUGGUGCCUCUUGCACACGGGGUAGUCGAAGUGCGGUUGCGGUGCUGGUGCUAGUGGCCGGCAUUCUAGCAAUGACAAUAUGA